UAGGCGCCAAAUAUUUAGGCGCGAACCAAUUGAAGAAUCGAAAGUGGGAAAAUGCCGUCUGAGAACAAGCAUGAAUGAGCGUUAGGGCGAGGAUGAUUGAUUAUUUCACCAUAAUUAAAAACUGCGGCAGCGACAGCCGCAGCAACUGAAGAUAAUUAGAUGAAGUCUUUCAAGGACUCACGGAGUCUGUUGCAAAUGGGCAGCUUUUACGGCGACUGAUUGAAUAAGUUGAACUGAUCUGCCCCUCCAUUAGUGACUAUUCAUACAGCCUCUCUCCCGGAAACCCCUCCCAUCAGAGGUGAUAUGUGACGCAGCUGUUCAAUACACCCGAAAGUAUUCGCUGGCGUUGAGGUGGCAUUCUGGCAUUUUCCCGCUAAGCCGUCGAUCAUGACCGUCAAUCCCGAGCCAUGAAGGAAGAAGGAAACUUUCGAAAGAAGAUAGAUCACUUCAUAAAGAUGUGCGUGCUUGCAAUGAAGAGAUGAGAGAGAGUCAAGUUUUAUAAAUGUAUACAAAAAUAUCUCGCAGGUUCAAGCCUUACCCAGUUAGGUAAUGUUGGACCGCCGGUGGUUUAACGGCAACCCAAUUAUUAUCGCGAACUUAAACAAUACAUCGUUAUUCCAUACGCUGUAGUGCAUUGCUCUCACCAUCUCCAUUCCAAUAAUUAUCUCCAGCCUUCUUCCUUGAGUGUCACAAACUUUACUUCUGACAUUCCCUCUAUCUCCCUCGCUUGGUGCGCUCUAUCGUGUAGUAUGGCCUAGGAUCGAUAAGCAAAAAGCUACCUAGCUAUACGCAGUACGCAGCGUAGUUACAGAGCAGCGUCAUCCGGCACACCUCUAACCUCUGCGCGUCUGUAGGCAACCCCCCGGGGCACUUUGUGCCAAUUACACUCCUUUAGCACCGUUGUAUUCUCAACAAUCGGCGCGCAGGGCACAGGCUUCCUUGCCAGAGACUGGCUGACCCUUUUGCCCGCUUGCCCUUCGACGAGUCCACGCCCCUGUCAAACUAAAUAAUAGACAACAACAGGCUGCUUAUGCAGUUGCUUUAUCCCGCUCGGUGGUUGCUAACGACACAGCUACGUUCAGCGCCAUGGCUCUUCAUACCCAGAUGCGAGUACGGUUGCUAGCAUUGACACUACUAGCAUGGCUCGGUCUGGCCAAAGCUUUCUACUUACCUGGAUACUCUAUCAAAAGCUACCGCAACGACGAGGCUAUCCCGGUAUUCGUAAAUAAGAUCUUUUCAGACAAUACGCAGCUACAGUACGCAUACUUCGAUCUUCCGUUCGUGUGCCCUCCGACUGGAAAGAAACAUGACUCUCCUUUCGCAAGCGGGCACAGUAUAUCACUCAAUCUAGGCGAAGUGCUCCGUGGGGAUAGGAUCAUGGCCUCCGACUUCGACGUUGUAAUGGGAAAAGAUGUCGAAUGCCGAUUCCUCUGUAGCCGCCCGAUCGACCGCAAUGAUAUCAAACGGGCCAAGGAAUUGAUCACGGAUGGGUAUGUUGCGGAGUGGAUCAUGGACAACCUUCCGGGUGCUACAAGUUUCGUCACCGUAGACCGGACGCGAAAGUACUAUGCAACGGGGUUUAAGCUGGGAUACCUAGAUGUCUCCCCAGUGGACGGCAAACCCAGACACUACAUACACAACCAUUUUACAUUUGUCAUCCGCUGGCGUGAAGCACCGGGUAAAGCUGGUCGACAGGGCGGGAAAGUGAUUGUGGGCUUUGAGAUCCAUACGAAGAGCAUCGACACGAAUGAUAGGCUUGAAAAUGGCUGUCCUAGAAAGCUCCAGGCUGACCAUGAUGGAUUGGCGUUACAUAUUCCCUCAAAUAACACGAGCCUGGCGCAGCAGUACGCUGACUCGUCCUACAUCCCAGAACACGUCGUGGAUGUAGACGACGGAGCCACCCUUUCAAUCCCGUAUACAUACUCCGUCUACUUCCGGAAAGAAGACAAAGUUGAGUGGUGGAACCGUUGGGAUUUAUACUUCAAUAACCAAAGAGAAGGAACUACAACCCACUGGCUAGCGAUACUGAAUUCUUUGGUGGUAUCAGGCGUGCUGGGUGUCACAGUCUUUGUGAUCUGGGGCAAAACAGCCCAGGGGGAUGUUAAGUGUCGUGGAGAUGGAGCGAUGGAGGAGGGAAAGAUCAGACCACGACCUCGUAAAUCGAAAAGCGGUUCUAGAACACCAAAAUCCGGUGAAAAUAUCUCGAAUGGCCUUUCCGAUAAGGACUUGGAAGCAGAUGAACCAGACACCGACGAUGAGCUCGAGGAGGUCGCGGGAUGGAAACUUCUUCACGGGGAUGUCUUUCGCACCCCUGAAUACAGUGGGCUCCUUGCACCACUCGUUGGAUCAGGAAUGCAAUUACUUUUUAUGGCAGCUGGCCUCCUUCUCCUGAGCUGCCUUGGAGUUCUUAACCCAAGUUUCCGUGGUGGAUUUCUUUCCGUCGGCAUUGGCCUUUUUGUUUUUGCCGGUGUAUUCUCUGGUUAUUUCUCUGGAAGGCUCUACAGGACUUUUCGCGGCCAAAACUGGCGCAAAAACACGAUGAUCACCGCUCUGCUUUUCCCUGGCCUACUCUUUUGCCUAGUAUUUGUUUUGAACCUCUUUGUCUGGGCUCAGGCGUCUAGCACCGCGCUACCGUUCGGCACACUUGUCGGCUUGCUGGCUCUUUGGCUUCUUAUUCAAGUCCCCCUUGUCUAUCUUGGUAGCUGGUUUGGAUUUAUGUGGGCCAAGCCUUGGGAGCAUCCGACCCGAACGAACGCCAUCGCACGCCAGAUACCACCUCAGUCAUGGUAUCUGAGGACUGUCCACGGAACACUCCUUACCGGACUCGUUCCAUUUACCGUUCUCUUUGUCGAGUUGCUUUUUGUCUUCAAAAACCUGCUGCAGGACAAAAGCGGACACUACUACGUCUUUGGAUAUCUUAGUGUUGUCUGUACGAUCUUAAUCGUUACUGUGGCUCAGGUCACCAUAAUCGCGACAUACUGCCAGUUAAGCAGUGAGAACCACCGCUGGUGGUGGCAAAGCUUCUUCACAGGAGGCAGCGGCGCUUUUUGGAUCUUUAUGUAUUGCAUUUGGUACUACUUCGCCAAACUACACGUGCGCGGCUUUGUUUCGAGCCUAUUAUUCUUCAGCUACAGUUUCCUCGGCUGUGCCGUAUACGGGCUAUUAGCUGGAACUGUUGGAUUCUUGACUGCUUAUGCUUUUGUUCGCCGUAUAUACAGCUCAGUAAAAGUUGACUGAUGACCUGACCGAACCAAGUCCAUCCUUUUCUUUUCCAAUAUAUACCAAGCAGUUUACCCAUUACGUUUUAUUUUGUUUAAACCGGACUCACACCUGAACGAAAGCCAUUUCCCUUUUUAGAACUGUAAAAGUGAUAGAUCAACAUCCAACCAACAACAUUAUCCUCAUUUCCGUUUCUGCCGUCUAGAUAUAAUGAAGCUAUUAGCGACAUCAGAACACCACUGACUCUGCGCUCUUUUUUAGCGCUUUACCUUUUUUCUUCCCUCCCCCUCCCCCCGUCCCUCUUUUUUAUAUUUUUUUAGGCUUUCAUUCCUCAUUCCCACCUUCAGAUAUAAAACUACAAGUUGUAAUUAGCCUUUUGUCAUUAUUAUUACUUGAUUGAACUUGCGUUUCAGCGGUGCUGAUGAAUCUUCUACAUGAAUGCUGCUUUGUUAGUUUCAUUAUUUCUGAGACUGUACUAGUGAUAUAUAUUUUUGAUGUGUUUUGACCUUGUCUGUCUGCCUUUGGUUUUUGUUUUUCCCCCUCUUCUUUUUUUUUUUUUUUUUUUUUUUUUUUUUCAUAUAUAAAUAGUUAUAACGCCACCUAGGACAACCCCCUAUAUAUUUAACCUCUAGUUAGUUUAGGGGUUUAACACCUUUUCAUGUGUUGCCUUGAUCUCUACUCCGUAGAAAGGACAGAGUAAUAACAACAUCGAAUAACUUCUCUAUGUUUGACUCCUCAAUGAUCAACUUGGACAAAUUUCACUUUACCCAUACAACUCAGUAUUCAGUAUGAUUGGACUCUACUGGAUGGAUCUAGUUAUUACCGAAAAAAUUGCUGCAGAGGUGAUGGUCAACAUCUCCGCCACG